AGGACAAGGCGGAAGUGUUCAUUCAGAAUGAAAACAUGGCUGCUGCUUCUGCUUUAAGGUCCGCUGUGAACUCUAAGCUGUGUUUCUUUGUGCAUUUGGUGAUGUUUGCCUGGUAUCUGUUCACUCUGAAUGCUAACUGCUCCAUAGCGAGUUCAGGGCGACAUCCGGGCGCGCGCUCUUACGGAGGCCGGUGGAAAUAUUUAACCUUCAUUAACCUGGUGAUGCAGACGGUGUUUUUUGGACUCUGUGUGGUAACUGAUCUAAUCCACGCUGCGGAGCUGAGGAAGAGGAGCGUUUUCUCCUUCCUCGACUCAGUGCAGGAUUUCUUCUUCACCGUUCUGGCUUUUCCAGUCGGAACCUUUGUCUUCACUUCAUUCUGGUCCAUUUACACCUACGACCGAGAGCUGGUCUUCCCCAAGGCUUUAGAUGACAUCAUUCCUACAUGGCUUAAUCACGCCUUGCACACUGUAAUCCUGCCGCUGCUCCUGGUGCAGAUGUGUCUACAGCGUCACAAACACCCGAGUCGCUGCAGAGGAAUCCUGAGCCUGGCGCUCUUCGUUUCUCUCUACCUGGCCUGGGUGUUGUGGGUGCGUCAUGCGUCAGGGAUCUGGGUUUACCCCAUCAUGGCUCACCUCAGUCCUGCAGGCCUGGUCGUGUUCCUCAGUGUGGCGUCUCUCAGCAUGGCUCCUCUUUACCUGCUGGGAGAGAAACUGACCCGUGUGAUCUGGGGUCCUGCAGAUGAAUAUCAACUCAAAAACCAGAGCAUCUCAGGCACAAUCUACUCUCUCAAAGGAAAUCAGAAAAAGAAGAAGAAAUGAAGACCCAUAAAAAUGUGAAUCAAUCUACUGACCACAGGGAGACCAACCAGAUCCUUCACCAGCACUGAGAAAAUUCUGACAUUUACCCAAAGGGAUUUACAUGACAGUAGAACCAUGUCCAAAACAUUCACCCAGAUGAAUUCACCCAGAUGAAUCAUGAGUGUUCAUGGAGUUGAUACAUUAAUGUUCACACAGAUGAUUCAUUGAGACAGAUGAUUCACUAAGUGUUUUGUAAUGGUAGUGUUUAUGAUGAAGAACGGGAACAUCUGCACAUUUAUAUAAUUUUUAUUUUUAUUGCACAUUUAUAAGCUGUUUUAACAAAAUGUGUUUUCUGAAGAUAAAUAAUGCAUUUGUUGUAAUGCUGAGAUACAAAAUACUUUUUUGUAAAAGCAGCCGCUUCAGUGUUUUCAUGCCUGUAAUUUUUUUAACCUUGUAAUUCUGUAUGCUGGACUCCUAAAAUGCUGGACGUCGGGCCAGUUGUUUAUCAUGUACAAGAUUUUUAACACAAUGUAUAACCAGAUUAUUUUUAAAAAUGUCUGCUGGAUUUUUAUGUGAUGUAAUGAAUUCUGAUUUUAAUAAAAGAUAUAUAUUAUAAUAUAUAUCUUUAAAAUCUUUAUAUAAAAUAUAUAAUAUAUUA